AGGACUGCAGGACAUCGACAUCCAGAUUCCAGCCGAAAGUCUAUGCAUCCCUGAUGAGAAUCAUGGGAACCGCUAAAGCUAAACAGAAACGAGAGUAGAAAUUUUAGGAAUUGUAAAAUUAUUUCCCAAAAUUGUGCAGGAUGGCAGGAGAUAAGUGUUAUGUGUGUAAAAUCAGGAAAAAAAGAAGAAGUGAAGAGUAUAUUGGGUUUUUCCGAUUUCCAAAAUGCAAUACUAGAAGGAAGCAAUGGUGUGAAAUUCUAAAUUUAACAUUGGAAGAUUUUGACAGUGAUAAGACUAAUUCAAGGGGCAAAAAACUUUGCUCAAGACACUUUUCACCGGAUUCCAUUAACUUCACGUAUGCUGUACCUAGACUGAGAGAUAAUGCACUUCCUGAAGUAAUUUCAGUUAAUGAAGCUCUAAAAAUUACUACGGAAUCCACCCCAGAUAAUAAUGAAGGUUCAGUUUGUGAUUCUACUGUCCUUGAGGCAAUAGAGUUUGAUUCAGGAGUUUUUUAUUUUUCAAAAAAACGUCCAAUUUCAAGAGAUCAGGAGCAGGAAGAAGUUUCCGGACAAACUUGUCAAUCCAGUGAUGAAAAUGGUGAAGAAAAAAAACCCGAAGAAACUAGAGAAGUAAGGAAAGUAGAUCGUGAAACGUCAGUGUCGCCUGAAAGAAUUAUAAAUUGUCCAACGACGGAGGCAAUACGAAAUUACUAUAAAGAGGAACUGGAGGACGAAAAGGAGGCUAGGAGAAAUAUGUGUAGAAAUCUUUACUUAUCGCAGAGACGUAAUGCAGUCUUACACAAUGUGGUUUCCAAAUUGAGAUCACACAAGUUCCUUGAUUUUUGACAAUCGCAUGCAUAGGCAGAAAUAGGUCAAGCUCAUUUUUAUACCGAGAAAUGACAGUGAAUUUAUUUUUUGAACGGGAAUUCUACAAAUUUUCAGAAGAAGGAAAAGUGUCCAAUUUUGAUUUCAACCGUUUUUA